AUGCCGCCUUCCUGUGACGUCUCCCCAUCACGCGAAGGCUCUUGCGGCAUCGGUCGCCGCUUCCUGCCCUUCACAGGCAGCAGAGGUGCGAGUGCAGGCAAGGCGGCAGCGCUGCCUGCCCUGCCAGCCUGCCCCGUCCCGUCGGCACUGGCUAUGGACUCUCGGGUCACUGCGUGGCCGGACAGAGGGGACCCCAUGGAUGACCACCGUCCCCUCUUCAGCACCUUCAAACCCAUCAGCGAGGACAACAUGGCCAGUGCCAAGCCAGGACCCGACAUGACCCUGGUCCAGCCCUGGGGAGAAGAGCAGUCCCUGGGACACCAGGACACACACAGUAGGGUCCCAGCAAGCUCCUGGCCAUCCCCACCAGGCUGGUCCCCACAGGCAGGGAACCCGCAGCCAGAGCUGGUGGCCCUGCGUGCCCGGACAAGGCUGUGGUUCGAGCAGACGCAAGCCAGGAGGCUGGGGGCUGAGGGUGAGCUCCCAGCCUGGUUCCACGGCUUCAUCAGCCGGAGGGAUACGGAGCAGCUGCUGCAGGAUCAGCCCCCAGGCUGCUUCCUGGUCCGCUUCAGCGAGAGCACUGUUGGCUUCGUCCUGUCCUACAGGGGCAGGGAUCGCUGUCGGCACUUUGUCCUGGACCAGCUGCCGGAUGGGCGGUAUGUGAUCCUGGGGGAGCAGAGCGCCCACGCCGAGCUGGCUGACCUGCUGCAGCACUAUGCUACCGCCCCAGUCACGCCGUACCAUGAGUUCCUGACGGUGCCACGCAGACGGGAAGAUGAGCCCCAAGGACAGACGCAGAGCCCAGCCAGCAGCGAUGCUGUGCGUUCCCAAUCGAGUGAAGCACCACCAAACCUGCUGGUGUACAGCACUGUCUUGAAGGGGUCCCCGGGAGCAGCCCCCCCACUGCCUGCAGAGCCCAGCGCCAAGGGAAGCUCAUCCAGGGAGGCUCUCAGCAUCCCCCCACCACUCCCAGCCAAGGCCAGCUCCUUGGCCACAGCUCAGGGGCCGCACAGCCCCGCCAGUGGUGGAGCAACUCCCUACGCUCAGGUGCACGAAGAAGCCAUCCUGUCCGAGCUGCUUGAUGCCAAGUACCAGCAGCUCAUGUGCUUCCACACCUACGCUGAGCCCCAUGAGGACACUGCACGCAGCCCUUCCACCAACUACGAGCCAGAAGAGCUCAUUCCCUUCUAUGCCAUGGGACGGGGCUUGAGUCCCAGCACUGGCCCCCAGGAGAACAUCUACUCUGAGGUGGCGCUGGCCCGGCAGGAUCUGCCCGCUCUGCUUUCCCAAGGGACCCAUGGUGCCUUCUCCACACUGCCCUCCAAAUCCCGUGCUCACCGCCGGCUCUUCCGCAGCGUAUCCAGCCAGGUGUCCAAGAGGCGGCAGCUACCGGCAGUUCCCACUGCAGACAAGAAGGAGAGAGGAGCCUCCAGCCGAACCGCGGAGAUUCCCCAGGACACAACGAACCCUCCGCUCAAGUUCAGUGAUCCCGUUUACAGCCGGAGGACGAGUGCCGCAAAGCAAGCCACGGCUGCAGCAGGGCAGGAGAGCCCUGAGAACAUUUACGAGCAGCUUUCGGGACAGCAUCUCUAA